AUGGCCCUUGUCCGCGACCGCCGCCAACUCAAUCUACGCCUUCCCCUCCCGGAGCCCUCCGACCGCCGCCACCGCUUCCCCCUCCCCCUUCCCCCUUCCUCCGCUGCCAACCCCGACGCCAUUGCCCCCGCCGACAUCGAAAAGCUUCACGUCCUCGGCCACGGCAACGGCGGCACAGUCUACAAAGUCCGCCACAAGCGCACCGCCAUCAUCUACGCCCUGAAGGUGGUCCACGGAGACUCGGACGCGGUCAACCGGAGGCAGGUUCGGCGAGAGAUGGACAUCCUCCGGCGAACGGACUCCCCGCACGUGGUCCAGUACCACGGGUUCUACGAGAAACCCUCCGGCGACGUGGCGAUCCUGAUGGAGUACAUGGAAUUGGGGACGCUGGAGACGCUCCUGAAAAGCAACGGCACCUUCUCGGAGGCCCAACUGGCGAGCGUGGCGCGUCAGGUUCUGAGCGGGCUGACUUACCUGCACGCCCACAAGAUCAUUCACCGCGACAUCAAGCCCUCGAACCUUCUGGUGAACAAGAAUAUGGAGGUUAAGAUUGGAGAUUUUGGAGUGAGCAAGGUUAUGAGUCGCACUCUGGACGCCUGCAAUUCCUACGUGGGAACCUCCGCCUACAUGAGCCCCGAGCGCUUCGACCCCGAUUCCUACGGCGGCAAUUACAACGGCUAUGCGGCUGAUAUUUGGAGUUUGGGCCUCACUCUCUUCGAGCUCUACGUGGGCCACUUCCCCUUCCUUCCCAUGGGCCAGAGGCCCGACUGGGCCACGCUUAUGUGCGCCAUUUGUUUCGCUGACCCACCCACCUUGCCCCCAACUGCUUCCCCCCACUUUCGGAGCUUCAUUGGAUCUUGUUUGAUCAAAGACUCCUCUCAACGCUGGUCUGCCUCCCAGCUCUUGACACACCCCUUUCUUCUUCCUCCCUCUUAG